GAAUCUCUCACUUUAGGGACUUGACCACCGCUUUGUUCCACGUGGCUCCAUCAUAAAAAUGAAGGCAGUGACAAAUUGCAAUCAAUCUGGAUGCUUGGCUUAUUCUAGAACUGAAAUAUCUGAUGUUCCACUUUUGUCUUGUUCAGAGGCUAUGGAAAAACUAAAAUCAUUCAGAGAAAAGGUAAAGGGCAAGCAGCAAUUCCUUGCUAUGUAUUCUAGCAUUUUUGGUGGGAUAACAACAGACCCAGCUGCUAUGGUUAUUCCCAUGGAUGACCACAUGGUCCACAGGGGCCAUGGUGUCUUUGAUACUACAGCAAUAAUAGACGGAUACCUCUACGAGCUGGAUCAACACCUUGACCGCUUUAUAAGGUCAGCAUCCACAGCCAAAAUAAACCCCCCAUAUGAUCGUGGAACCAUAAGAGGAAUACUUAUCCAAACCGUGAGUGCUUCAAAAUGCAGAAACGGAACACUACGUUAUUGGCUCUCAGCGGGACCAGGAGAUUUCGACCUAUCUCCCUCUGGCUGCCACAAAUCGUGUCUUUACGCAAUCACAAUACAGGAUUUGUCACCAAUCAACUUCAGAGGAGUUAAAGUUGUGACCUCAAAUGUUCCCAUUAAGCCUCCUCAGUUUGCAACCACCAAGAGUGUGAAUUAUCUUCCGAACGUGCUCUCCAAGAUGGAGGCUGAGGAACUUGGUGCGUUUGUGGGCAUUUGGCUUGAUAGUGAUGGGUUUGUUGCUGAAGGGCCUAGCAUGAACGUGGCUUUUGUCACCAAAGAGAAGGAACUUGUGAUGCCUCUAUGUGACAAAAUUCUAAGUGGCUGCACGGCUAAGAGGGUUUUAACCCUUGCUGAGUCUUUGGUUAGGGAAGGUAAGCUUUGUGGGAUAAGAAUGAAAAAUGUGAGCGUGGAGGAAGGGAAGAAUGCAGAUGAAAUGAUGCUUCUUGGCAGUGGAAUUAUGGUUCGCUCUGUAGUGCAGUGGGAUGAGCAGAUAAUUGGAUGUGGUAAAGAAGGCCCUAUAACCCAGACUCUACUGAAUCUAGUUGUUGAGGACAUGAAAUCCACCCUGCCAGCUGUUGGCACACCUGUUCCUUAUUGAUGCAACUUGCUUUUUGUUUUUUUAAAAUACAUGUAUUAUAUUUUUUUUCCAAUUUACUAUCUAAAAAUAUUUAUUUAUUA